UCCCUCUGCUGCUGCUGCCGGCGACAGGAACAGACAGACAGACAGGCGGUCAGACAGACGGGCCUCUGCUGUGGAUAGUGGCAGUUUGUAGCGAGACUCUCUCUUUGUGUUCAACAGAGAAACAGCAGGGCGGUGGUUGAUGAAUCCACCGGCAGAUACAUACACUGAGACAAAGACAGGCAGAGACACAGGCAGAGAGACAGGCAGACAGGCAGAGAGACAGGCGGACAGACGGACGCUAUGACCGGAGGCACGCGGCCCUGGACCAACAGGCACGAGCUCAGGUAGCCCAACGCUGAUGUGAGGCAGCUUGUGAUUGGUGGUUGCCAUGGUGCCCAGGCCGUCAUCAGGGGAGCUGUGGGGGCUCCACCUGAUGCCCCCCCGCAUCCUGGUGGACUGCUGCCUACCCAACGGGAUGAUGGUGAGUCUUGAGUGUCUCAGAGAAACUCCUCUCAUCAGCAUCAAGCAGCAGCUCUUCGCUGAGGCCAGGAAGUACCCGCUGUACCACCUGCUGCAGGAGGAGUCGUGUUACAUCUUUGUGGGCGUGACCCAGGAGGCAGAGAGGGAGGAGUUUUAUGAUGAAACGAGGCGGCUGUGUGACCUCCGACUGUUUCACCCGAUCCUGAAGGUCAUCGAGCCACUCGGCAACCGGGAGGAAAAGAUCCUGAACCGAGAGAUAGGGUUUGCCAUCGGGAUGCCGGUCUGUGAGUUUGAGAUGAUGAAGGACCCGGAGGUUCAGGACUUCCGCCGCUCCAUACUGAGCGUGUGCAGAGAGGCCAUGGAGGAGAGGGAGGCGGGGGGGGCCCACAGUCAGGCGCUCUACGUUUACCCCCCCAAUGUGGAAUCCAGCCCCCAACUCCCACAACACAUCUACAGCAAGCUGGACAAAGGGAGGUUGAUCGUGACCAUCUGGGUGAUUGUGUCUCCGUCAAACUCCAAGCAGAAAUACACCCUCAAGGUAAGUCACGAGAGUUUACCUGAGCAGCUGAUCGCAGAGUCCAUCAGGAAGAAAAGCCGGUCAAUGCACCUCUCACCUCAACAGCUCCGCCUCUGUGUCCAGGAGUACCAGGGACAGUACAUCCUGAAGGUGUGUGGCUGUGAUGAGUACCUGUUGGAGAAGUAUCCUCUCAGUCAGUACAAGUAUAUCCGCUCCUGUAUCACAGUGGGUCGUCUUCCUCACUUGAUGCUGGUCUCCAAAGACAGUCUCUACUCUCAGCUACCUGCCUCUGGCUUUGUCACGCCUUCAUACAGUCGUCGGACUCCUCAGCCGUCUCCCUGUCCAGGAGGAAGUGAUGGUUCUCCUCCACGCUCUCUGUGGGCCUUCAACACCCUGCUGAGGGUUCGACUGCUCUGCGCCACCUACGUCAACGUCAACAUCAGAGACAUUGACAAGAUCUAUGUGAGGACAGGUAUUUACCACGGUGGGGAACCACUUUGUGACAACGUCAACACGCAGAGAGUCCCCUGCUCCAACCCCAGGUGGAACGAGUGGCUGACCUACGACAUCUACCUGGCUGACAUCCCUCGUUCAGCCAGACUCUGCCUGUCUAUCUGCUCUGUGAAGGGAAGGAAAGGAGCCAAGGAGGAGCACUGUCCUCUGGCCUGGGGGAAUGUUAACCUUUUUGACUACACAGACAUUCUGGUUUCGGGUAAAGUGGCUCUCAGUCUUUGGCCAGUCCCCCAUGGCCUCGAAGACCUCCUGAAUCCCAUCGGAGUUGCUGGUUCAAAUCCCAACAAGGAGACUCCCUGUGUGGAGCUGGAGUUCUCCUGGUUUAACCAGACCGUUGUGUUUCCUGAUGAGCAGCAGAUAGAAGAGCACGCUAACUGGACCAUCAGCAGAGAGCUGGGCUACAACUACUGCCACGGACUGAGCAGUCGUCUGGCCUGUGACAGCAGUGUUUCUUCAGGUGAUGCAGAGCAGCUUCGCUCUCUCUGCUCCAGAGAUCCUCUGUACGAGCUCUCAGAGCAGGAGAAGGACUUCCUGUGGAGACACAGACAUUACUGUGUAAACAUUCCAGAGUCUCUGCCUAAGCUGCUUUUGUCUGUUAAAUGGAACUCCAGAGACGAAGUGUCCCAGAUGUACUGUUUGUUGAAGGAGUGGCCUCUUAUGGAGCCUGAGUCGGCUCUGGAGUUGCUGGACUGUAACUUUCCUGAUCCAAUGGUCAGAGAGUUCGCUCUGCGCUGCCUGGUUCAAGGCCUGACAGAUGACAAGCUGUCACAGUACCUGCUGCAGCUCGUACAGGUGUUAAAGUACGAGAUGUACCUGGACAAUCCACUGGCUCGUUUUCUGAUCAAGAAAGCUCUGACCAAUCAGAGGAUAGGACACUUCUUCUUUUGGCAUCUCAAGUCAGAGAUGCACAAUAAGACGGUAUCCCGUCGGUUCGGUCUGCUCCUGGAAGCUUUCUGCAGAGCCUGUGGCAUGUACCUGAAACACCUGAACAGACAGGUGGAGGCCAUGGAUAAACUGGUGAAUCUGACUGACACACUGAAACAAGAGAAGAAGGACGAAACACAAAAAACUCAGAUGAAGUUCCUGGUUGAACACAUGUCUCGUCCAGAUUACAUGGAAGCUCUGCAGGGAUUCAUCUCUCCUCUGAACCCUGUUCACCAGCUGGGAAACCUCAGACUGGAGGAGUGCAGGAUCAUGUCCUCUGCGAAGCGCCCCCUGUGGUUGAACUGGGAAAACCCUGACAUCAUGUCCGAGCUGCUCUUCUCCAACAACGAGAUCAUUUUCAAGAAUGGAGAUGACCUGCGUCAGGACAUGCUAACUCUGCAGAUCAUUAAGAUCAUGGAGAACAUCUGGCAGAACCAGGGCCUGGACCUGCGCAUGCUGCCGUAUGGCUGCCUGUCCAUCGGGGACUGUGUGGGUCUGAUCGAGGUGGUGAAGAACAGUUUCACCAUCAUGCAGAUUCAGUGUAAAGGAGGCCUGAAGGGGGCGCUGCAGUUCAACUCCAACACACUGCACCAUUGGAUCAAAGACAAGAACAGAGGAGAGGCGUAUGACCGGGCCAUCGACCUGUUUACCAGGUCAUGUGCAGGAUACUGCGUAGCAACAUUUAUCCUCGGAAUCGGCGACAGACACAACUCCAACAUCAUGGUGAAGGAGAACGGACAGCUGUUCCACAUCGACUUUGGUCACUUCCUGGAUCACAAGAAGAAGAAGUUUGGGUACAAGAGGGAGCGAGUUCCCUUCGUUCUGACUCAGGACUUCCUCAUUGUUAUUAGUAAAGGAGUCCAGGAGUCGACCAAGACCAAGGAGUUCGAGAGGUUCCAGGAGAUGUGUUAUAAAGCCUACCUUGCCAUCCGUCAGCAUGCCAGCCUCUUCAUCAACCUGUUCUCUCUCCUGCUGGGCUGUGGCAUGCCUGAACUUCAGAGCUUCGAUGACAUUGCCUACCUGAGGAAAACCCUGGCUCUGGAGAAGAGCCAGCAGGAGGCGUUGGAGUAUUUCACCAAACAGAUGAACGAUGCUCAUCAUGGAGGCUGGAGCACCAAGAUGGACUGGAUCUUCCACACCAUCAGACACAUGCCCAACGAACACUGAGCUAUACACUAUUUAUUUUUUAUUUUUAUUUCACACACACACACACACACACACACAUACUGUGUGUAUUCUCUGCACUAUUCUGUGAGGAUGAUGAUGAAGGUGCCUGAUUGUUGCAGGCCAGGGGUGGGGAACCCUUUUCCUGUCAAGGGCCAUUUCAGUUUUUUUAUGAUCCUUCGAGGGCCAAACUAAAUGACUGAACACAAUAUCACACUAACCUCUGCGAUGGCUGGAGCUGCUUGUCUUUGGCAUCUGAUAUCAAAUGGUAGGAAUGAUGAUGAUGAUGAUGAUGAUGGUUGCAGCUGGUUUUCCAGGUUUGGGUCAACCUUUGUCAGAAUGUGGUCUUGUGAAAGCUGCUUGUUGUGUAUUCAAACUCCAUGAAGAGCGUUAACUUUAUCCUUUGUCCGGCAGCUCGACCAGUCCAGCUGUUUGUAGCUGUGGUGACUCUUGAAUUUGAUCCUUUCCAUCACUGUGAGCUCGUCCUCCCAGACUGAGACACACUGGUUUGUCUUUUACUUCAACCAAAAAGUAAUUGUUUGUCCAUUCCUCUCGGAGAGUGUGACACUCUGCAUCUACUUUCCUUUUCUUGCCAGUCGCCAUGAUGCAUGUUAUGAAUAGCGUAAGUGCUACAUGUGUCUGUAGCCUGCUGGUUUCAUUUCUUUAGGAUUUCUGAGUUUACUUUUUUUGUCUUUUUAAUUGCCUUGCAGACUGGAUGAGGUUCCCCACCACUGUUGUAGAUUAUAGCAUCACAGCGUUGUGUUUGUGGGAUGGUUGUCAUUGCAACACGAAUCUCAGGUUCACAGGUCCGUGAAUGGUUGGGGAUGCCAAAGGCAUGCUGGGAUAAGACGAUGAUGAUGAUGACUGAUGUGGUGAUAUCAUAAAUGUCUUCCAGUCGGUGCUACAGUUAGCCAGUUAGCUCUGCUAUCUGAUCUUAACACAUACUGAGCUUUUAUUUAAAAAAAUAAUAAAUUCUGUAGCAUUUGAAUCUUUUUUGAGAAGCAACUCGUACUUUAUAAACUGAUGUUUGUUGGAUUUGAAUGAAGCUAGCUUUACUAAAACCAGCAAAGUGAACCAUGUGCUCACUGUGAGAACAAUAAAACCUCCAAUAACUAAUCAACAUUUUGAUCAUGACAAUCAGGAGUUCUGACCAAUAGGAAGGCAGAGUUGACCAGCUGUGGGCGGAGUCAUAGCAGUGAGAUCAGACCAAACUAGCAUUUAUUUUAUUUAAGAAAUAUUUCAACAAACAACAAAAUGUUCGGACUUUUUCUCAUAAAAUCACAGCUUCGUUGUUUACUUUGUACAUUUCAAACUAUUUUCUCAUACAUUUUUUUCUCUUAAAGGUAUUUUUGUACUCUCAGAAUAUUAUGACUUUAAUUUGAGACUACAGAUGUGUCCUAGUAAUUUUGUGACUUUUUCCUCAUAUUCACAACAGACUCUUUCCUUGUAAAAGUACUGCUGGAUAUUUUUAAAUAUCGCAGUUUUUUCUCAUAAACUUGUUGUUCUUUUUGUAAAACUUUUUUUUCUAGUAAAAUUCUGUCUUUAUUCUCAAAAUUGUUUUCUUUCCAGAGGCCCUGUCACUUAAGUCCAGUGCUCUCUGCACUGACUGCUGAUGUUUUUCAGUCGAUUACAGAAAGUCAUCGUCCACAGCUGGUGACAGACUCCAGUCCUGCUCUGCACUGAUCUGAAUUAGUUUUUAACUGAUUUGUACUGAAACAACAUAUAAUCAAGUUUCAUCAGGGAUCAAAGUCUUUCCACAACAAUCUGGACAAAUCAGCUGCUUGCUAGCUGAAUCAGGUCGUUGUUAGCCUCUAGUGCACUGUACCUAAUCAGCCAUGCAAGGCUAGUUGUUCGAGUGUUAGCCGCUGUUAUCUCAGCUGGGUCACUCUAAUCCAUAGUUCUUAGCUAUCUUAGCUGUUGCACUGAAACAAUGAAUCAUUGGUAGAUUUAGUUAGCCUAGCAUAGCAUCAGUGGAAGCGCCACCCCCUGUUGUCUGGGAGCCAGUGGAACAGAGGGGGGUGGUUUCACAACAUUCAGACAGGUGAAAGGGUGAUGACACCCAAUUUUAAUGUGAUGUUUGUGUUUCUGCUCAGGUCAGGGGUCAUGCCCACACAUAUCAGUGUCACCUGUGAGGCGGCCUGACCCCCGCCCCUGCUCCGUGCUGAUCUAGUUAUUGAUUUAUGACAUCAUUGACUGUGCUGGUUACCAUCGUGACUAAAUAUGUUUUAUGAGCAGAUGUGAUGUAUUUCCAUGUGAUCAGUAUUUGUGUUCGUUUUUAAACUGAUGAAUUGAUGAUUGAUGUAUUUAACAGGAAUGACAGCUGAUUUGAUCGGUUUCUAAAUGUUGGAUAUUGAUUUUUGAUAACUAUUGGUGAACAACUCCUUUUUACAACAUUUGUUCUCCAUAUAUUACGAGCAAGGAGAUGAUGGAUGGAGAACAAACUGCAGAGUCGAAGCCUCACUUAAAGCAGGUUCAGCCAAUCAGAGGGCCCGCACAGCCUCCUUUGGUGAUAAAGAUUUGCUCUGACUAUUUAAACUGAACUUUGCAACAGCUCACCUGGGGGGCCUGAGGGAUCCGGGUGUGAAACAAAUAUGAGGAUGCACUUACUGACUUCUGACUGCUAGUGUUAUCAUGGGUUAUUCUUUUCUUUCAAAAUAAAAGCUUAACAGGUGUGCUUGUGUUUGGUCAGUGACAGUCAGGACUCACC